AUGACUAUAACACCUAAGGCCAUUAUGCUUGCAUUCCACAUAGGAGGAGGAGAAGGUGAGAAACCUGGGAAUGAGCCUGAAGAGGUGAAGCUGCAGAAUGCCAGCAAAGAGAUUGUACAGAAUGCCAUCCUGCAAGCUGUGCAGCAAGUCUCCCAGGAGAGUCGGCAGAAGGAAGAGAGAACCCGAGACAGUCAGAGAAGCUUCCAGCUGGGAGUGGGGGAAUUAACCAAGAAACAUGAGAAGAAGUAA